AUGGCUACUUUUAAGCAACAGCAUAAUCGGAAAAAAUUCACUAGAGAAUACAAAGUCAAAGAAAUCCAAAGAAGUAUUACUAAGAAAACUAGACUAAAGAAGGAAUACUUUAAGGCUUUGAAAGAUGAAGGGUAUACUGUCCCAGAGAAGAAAGGUGAAGAUAAUCCUGUAAAGAGAAAUGUGAAGAAAUUGAAAGAAGAAAGAGCUCUACAAGGGAAACAAAAACUUGAUGAGAAAAAAGCCAUGAAAAGAGAAAGAAAGAAGUUACAGAAAGAACAGAUUCAAGAUCAAAGAAAGCAAGAAAUGGAACGUAUUCAAAUGUCUAAAGAAAAGCAUAUGGCUCGUGAAAGAAGGAAGACUAGGAUGACCCAAAAAACAAGAUCUGGUCAACCUAAAAUGGGGCCCAAAAUUGACGAUUACUAG